UUCAUUAUUUGCAGCCAAAUUCAAUAUUUUCUGGACUGAGUAGCCUGAUUAUCGUCAUUAACAUUAGAAAAUUUUAAACAUUAGAAUUAUUCCAUAACAGGAAAUUGUGCUCAACCUACUUCUAUUUAUACCAUGUUUUUGAUCUUGACAGAACAUUUAAGGGGGCUGUGUAACACUCAAAAGUAAUUCAUGGGCAUCACUGUGAAUUUCGGCUGGUGACGUUAGACUUAGAAAUAAUGCUGAAUGCAUUAGGAUUGUCAUACAUUAAUGUGUUGAGGUCGCUUCUAUUACUAGCUAUCCAUAACUGAGGUUUGAUUGUUAAUUCUGAAGCUUUUGGUGCAUCGAGUGUUCUUGGGAAAGCCGAGCCUGAGCUGAGAAAUGGAGCGAACCAUUGGCGUCGUGGGUUGGGGCGUAGCCGCGCUCAGUACUGGCGUGGCAGGCUGGGCGCUGUACAAGUGGUGCUCUCUCAGACGAUACAUUGACAAUGUUGCCACCAGCAAAUAUUCUACCGAGAGCGAAGUCAACAAGCAGCUUGUGCAUCAUUAUGUUGAUAUGGAAAACCUAGUGCAUCUGAAGGAAUUGAUAUCGCCCUCUGCUGAUAAAUACCAUGAACGGCUUGCACAACUCUGCUCAGAAGCCUGCGAUAAGUACGGAGCCGGUAAACUUAGCGUGCUAGAUGUUGGCUGCAGUGUAGGCGGCGCCUGUUUUCAUCUCUCGAAACAUUUCUCAGAGGUGGUUGGCGCUGACACCAGCUUCGAAAUGCUGGCUGCUGGUCAGCAUCUAAAGGUGUAUCCUGAAUUUGUUUCGGUCCUAUCUAGUGAAGGAGGAAAGCACAUCAAAAUAUACAAGAUCAAAGUGCCCGAUAAUUGUCUUAGAGAUAACAUCGAAUUUGUUGAUAUGGACGUAUGUUCAGAUUUUAUGAAAGUAGGCUUCAACUGCGUGCUCGUGUCGAACGUCUUGACUGAUCUCCAGUGCCCUAAAAUUUUUCUCAAGAAUCUUGCUGCAGUUUUGCCUCCGAAGGGAAUACUAGUGAUAGCGGAUCCUUUCCUGUGGCCCGGUGGUCCUGAGGAUAAAUUGAACGGAGAUGGUAGUGUGAAAACUAGUGCUCUGCUUGGUAGGAUUCUUGGAGAUUCUUGGACUAACAAGGAAACAACGUCCAUGCCUCUCUACAUACCGCAGUCAGAACGCGUUGCUUUGGUCGCGUCAGCCGAAGUUUCUGUGUGGCAGAGGCUACCUGAUUCAGAAUCGUCUGACUGAGAAGAACUAAUGGAAAAUUCUUCAGUUUUGGCAUUGAAAUCUAUGGGCCAUUAUCAUUUAUCAUUACCUGUUCUGAAUUAUUUAAUCUUUCAAGUGUUGCUUCUACAUGUAGAAGUGAUGUUACUUUAGUAUAACUUCCAACUUUUUACUCAAGUUUUUUCUCGAGUGAAUGGAUGUAAUUGCGAUUGUUAGGAUGCUUAGGUAUGUACUAAUUUAAAUUUUGAGAAGAUGAAUACUUAUUCACAUGCGCCCAAUGUGUUCGCAUUAUUGCAAGGCGAGUAAUAACUCAUUUGAUUCGAUUAACUACUUAAUAAUAUUUAUUUGCGCUCGCUUGAGAAUGCUUGGUGAAGAUCUUCUGACCUGAUUUCAAUAACGUCACGUCUCAUUCUUUACUGUUCAAAUAAUCAUCUAAGCAUCGAAGUCCUUGGAAGGAUUCUGAAUGUUCCAAUAAAAGUCAGUUGUAUCAGGAUCCCAUUUUUACUAUCAGUGUUGUCUAAAGCAUCAAAUCACUCCAUUGUGAUCAAACUUUCGAAAUUUAUGUACAGUUUAACUGUCUGUAGUAAAAUAAUUCCCAUUAUGUUGAUAAAUUAUGAGACCUAUUAU